AUGUCUUCCAUCGGCUCCUUUGCACUCAGUAGUACCUAUGGCAGCAAUUCCCUGCUCGUGAACAAUACUCAUUCCUCUUCCUACAACUCCUCCCUUCCAAGAUCCUCUAAAUCCAAAAAUUCCCUCUGGCUACACUUCCCCCUCGCCUUCGCCCGCACCCACCCCAAAAACCCAGAUUACCAACUCCUCCAAGAGAAACAACGGCGCGCAAGUACAAGUACCGCAUCGUCGUCCUCGUCUUGCACGCUGCGCUAG